AUGGAAUCAGAAUCUUUUGAAUCAAGUUUGAGUGAAUUGGAGAGCAUUUUUUCCAAAGUUCCCUCAGAUAAGGCAAACUUGGAAAAAUGCCUCAAACUCAUUGAUGACGUGAAGGAUACGCUGGCGAAGGUCAGACUCUCCUCAGAAUUUUUGACCCGUGAUCACCUUUUAAAAAUGAGAAAGUUUUUUGAGCUCUAUUCUCUCGUUUGUUUGGAGUUGAACGACACUGAGGGCUUCAAAUGUGCAUAUUCACAGCUCCAUCCUUUAUAUUUCGACUUCUCGCACUUGCUUGACAGAAGUGAGAGGAUGUGCCAUAUUUUGAGUAUGUGGAUGCUACACUUGGUUAGUGAGAAUAAGAUCGGGGAUCUGUAUAUGUUACUGGAGCGAAUCCCCGAAGAUUUGAAAAAGGAUGAAAAAAUCCAGUUUGUCAUUAACUUGGACCGUCUAAUGAUGGAGGGGAACUUGGGGAAGCUUCUGGAUUUGAACGACAAUUCCAAUGAAUACUACAGGAUUAUCGCAGCUACUUACCGCAAUAAGAUAGCCUCCUCGAUGGAGCUCAGCUAUAAACAACUUGAUAUGGACUACAUUAUCAAAACACUCAAAUUAAAAAACCUUCAAGAGUUAUUGGACUUCAUUUCGUACUAUAACCAAUAUAAGCUUCAGUCAGGUAGGCGUUUGACUCGUAAUUUUAAUUUAGAUUCCAACUCAAUUCCUUGGAAAGUCAUGGACGACUGUGUGAUUUUCCAAAAUGAAUCUGUUGUGAAGCAUAAGAUACCUUCCAAAGAGCUCCUGAACAACUCCUUAAAAUACUUAACUGAUCUCGAGAAGAUCGUGUAA